CCUCUUACUUUGGCUGUUUGGCGUGAUCUUUAUCUUUUAACUUAUAACUUAUUCCCAUCGGAGUGUCGGACUAAAACCUCUCUCUCCAAUGGCAUCUUCUCUUUCUCCCCCGGAGGUCCCCAUGGAGCUUCACGCAGUCAACCGUGAGAAGCUCCUCAAUUCUCUACGAGCGCAUCUCUCGUCAUCCUCUCGUCCCUCUCAAGGCUUCGUCCUCCUCGAGGGAGGCAAGGAGCAAACUCGAUACUGCACUGAUCAUGAAGAACUGUUCAGACAGGAGAGCUAUUUUGCCUACCUGUUUGGAGUAAAAGAGCCUGGGUUCUAUGGAGCUAUUGAUGUAGCGAGUGGGGAAUCAGUGCUCUUUGCUCCAAGAUUACCAGCUGCUUAUGCAGUUUGGUUGGGAGAAAUAAAGCCUCUAUCCUACUUCAAGGAAAUAUAUAAGGUUAACAAGGUCUUCUAUACAGACGAGAUUGUAAAUGUUUUGCCGGAUCUCUACAAAGGAAUGGGAAAUCCCUUGUUAUUUCUUCUGCAUGGGCUCAACACUGACAGCAAUAAUUUCUCCAAACCAGCAGAAUUUCAGGGCAUUGAAAACUUUGAGAGAGAUUUAAAUACAUUACAUCCUAUUUUGGCUGAAUGCCGUGUAAUAAAGUCAGAUUUGGAGCUUGCUCUCAUCCAAUUUGCCAAUGAUAUAAGCUCUGAAGCUCAUAUUGAGGUUAUGAGAAAAAUACGAGUGGGUAUGAAAGAGUAUCAGUUAGAGAGCAUGUUUCUUCACCAUACCUAUAUGUUUGGUGGCUGUAGGCAUUGUUCAUACACAUGUAUAUGUGCUACUGGUGAAAAUAGUUCUGUUCUCCAUUAUGGUCAUGCAGCUGCUCCAAAUGACAGGACAUUUCACGAUGGAGAUAUGGCACUGCUUGAUAUGGGAGCUGAGUACCACUUUUAUGCUUCAGAUAUAACUUGUUCCUUUCCUGUGAAUGGGAAAUUUACUUCUGAUCAGUCUCUCAUAUAUAAUGCAGUCCUUGAUGCUCAUGAUGCUGUUAUAUCUACUUUGAAACCUGGAAUUAACUGGGUUGAUAUGCACAAAUUAGCAGAAAAAGUAACAUUAGAGUCAUUGAAGAAAGGAAACCUAAUAAUGGGUGAUGUUGAGAACAUGAUGGCUGAGAGACUGGGUGCUGUUUUUAUGCCUCAUGGUCUGGGGCACUUCCUCGGCAUUGAUACUCAUGAUGUUGGGGGUUACUUGAAGGGAGCAGAGAGACCCAACGAACCAGGGUUGAGCUCUUUGCGUACAAGCAGAGAACUGUUGGAGGGAAUGGUGAUAACGGUGGAGCCUGGAUGUUACUUCAUUGACGCAUUACUAGUUCCCGCAAUGGAAAACACAAAAACAUCUAAAUUCUUCAAUCAUGAGGAGAUCCGCAGAUUCAGAGGUUCUGGCGGUGUCAGAAUUGAGAGUGAUGUGCGGAUCACUUCGGAUGGUUGCAUAAACAUGACUAAAUGCCCUCGAAAGAUUGAAGACAUUGAGGCCGUGAUGGUGGGUGCUCCCUGGACUAUCAAAAAGACCAGUGUUGGCUGUGUAAAUGGAGGGAUUUAACUUUCAGAAUGGGCAUCAAAACAAAUAGAGAAAUGACAAAUUAAAAAGAUAAAUUGCACAUUUUUUUCUCUCUGAAUCCCUUUUUUUUUCUUCUUCUGAUAAUGAUUUGGUCGGGUGAUAUAGUUAAGUAGAAUUUUGUUUUAUCAAUUUUCAUG